GGAGCACAGUGUCGCGAUCGAACCCAGAAUCGAAAAAUCAGCUCCAUUUCCCCGCGCGUAAAAAGCAUUUACACAACGAUCCAUCGCUCUGUGGUGUCUCGCGGUGUCCUGUGGAGAAAUAGCUGCCCGAUAUGAUCGGCGUUUUGUCCUCUGUCCGAUUAAUUUGGUCCUGAAAGCGUGUACAUCUAGAGAGAGUGAUAUUGGAAGAGACGUGGUAGAAAGCUUACAACCACCAUGACCAACCAACAGCAGCCAACAAACGGUCUGGUCAACAGCGACCUGCUGGAGCACUUUCAGAAGAUCGACGUGAAGGUCGUCGAUGGGCCUGAGUCGUUCUCUGAUCGUUUGGCGAAGUUCUGCACCCGGUGGCACAUCAAGAAGGUGCUGUCUCACAUCGGCCUGCUGGUGUCACUCGCCGCUUACUGCGGCAUCGGAGGAUAUAUUUUCCGCGAGUUCGAACGACCCGCCGAAGUAGCCCGAACGCAGGGUCUCCGGAAACUGCUGGUCGAACACCGGCAAAACUUCAUCAACUCCAUCGUCAACAACACGGACGUGCUCAAUCUGGACCGGCUGCUAGCGCUCGAGCUGGAGAAGUACGAACAGGUGGUGCAAGAUGCGGCACAGGGUGGCAUCUUGAUUGAUGCCGAUCAGAACUUUCCGGUCGCUGUUGAGAAGUGGAGCGUGUUGCAGGCCGUCUUCUUCGCCUCUACCGUAAUUACGACCAUCGGAUACGGCAACAUCGUACCGGUAACGCUAGGCGGAAGAGUUUUCUGCAUGUUUUUCGCCCUCAUCGGUAUUCCCUUCACGCUAACAGUUAUCGCGGACUGGGGUCGAUUGUUCGCGACUGCCGUCUCUACUUUGGCCAAAAAUUUCCCAGCUCUAGCCCUGGCGAAAUUUUGUCCUGAUGCCGGCAUCAAGAUGUCGGACAAAAAGUGGCUUUACGCCGUAGGAGCAGUUGGCUUCCUAGGGGUUUACCUUGCGGCUGGUACCGGGUUGCUGUUGCUGUGGGAGGAGGAUUGGAACUUCUUCGAUGGGUACUACUUCUGCUUCAUCACAAUGACCACCAUCGGGUUCGGUGAUUUAGUACCAAGCAAGCCAAACUACAUGCUCCUCUGCACGUUGUACAUCCUGGUCGGAUUAGCACUCACCAGUACUAUUAUCGAACUCGUCCGCAGGCAGUACGCUCAGAGCUGGCAGAAGUUGCAGGCUCUAUCUGGACCACUGGCGGACACUUUGCGCAGGUUAGGUGAAUCAGCUGGUACCGGUAUCGAUGUGACGGCUCUACAUAACGAUCUACGCCGCGUCUUAACGGUCGUCUCCAUGCCUAGGCGACACGGUAACAAGAAGGCACAGGCGAAGGAGAUGGCCGCACUGGAGGCCAUCACGAACGCGAUUCUACAGGACAUCAAGGAGAAGCAGGACAGUCAGGAUGGACCCCCGAAGGUGGUGCAAAUUGUCAUCUACGAGUCGUCCGUCUAAAUUUUAAGACUUCCGAUACCUAAAAGGCAGCCUAUAGUCAUAGGUUUCGUUGCGAGGUGUAACUAAAUAUUGAAAGCACGUUGUUUCACCAUCUUCUGUGGCAUACUUUGCAAAGUUUCCUAAUUUGUUCCUGCAUGAAAAUCAUGCGUUACACACUGCGGCUUCUUUUGUGGUACCCUUUAGGAUAAGUCACUAAAAUUGUGAUUCAAUGUUGCAUCCAAUGUUCAAACUCCUUGCCCUUUCAAAUCAACUCACGUUGCUGUCUGGUCAUCAGAAUUCUACGCUACGGAGCUAUUGCAUACUGUAGGCUCACCCACUUUUAAUCAUAAUUGUCUUACGCUCACCCUGUCCCGGAGAACUUCGCAAUCGGGGCCCUAACUGACGCAAACGCGACCGUACGUACGCAAAUUAAAACCCCGCCAGUACCGACGGACCUCCGCGUGAUAGAGGAGAAGCAAAAAAAAAAGAACAUCUACCGUGCAUCGCGCUAAAGGAGUAGA